GUGUUUUUGAAAUGCUUUGCAUGCCUUGUGGAUUAUGGCAUUCGAAUGGUGCAAAUUACUUUUGAAGCACAUUGAAAUCUUUUGAUGCGGUAGUAAACGUUCCCCGAGGAAAUAUGAGGACGGCCGGAGUUUUUUACGGAUAUUUCGUAAAGCCAAAGAAGACGGAAGGAGGCGAUCCCAGCUCGAAUGAGUUUCUGCUCGGUUCGGGAAUGACAGUGUUCCCGGUAACGCUGAGCCUGACAACGAGCUUCAUCACGGCAAUUGAGUUAUUAGGAAAUCCAUCGGAGAUGUUUUUCAAUGGAACACAAUUUUCACUUAUCGUGAUCUCAGCUCUGCUCGUGGCACCGGUUGCUGUCAAAUUGUUUUACCCCAUCUACUUCAAAAUGAACCUAACAAGCUGCUACGAGUAUCUGGGAACACGGUUCAACAACAAGCUUCGAGUUUUCGGAGCAAUUUUGUACAUUUUACAGAUGUCAUUCUACACGUCCGUGGCUGUCCUGGCACCGGCCAUAGCCCUGUCCAAAGCAACAGGUCUGGACACGCACGUAGCCGUCGUGCUGAUCUACUUCGUUUGCGUGUUCUACUCGUCACAGGGCGGCAUGAAAGCCGUCGUUAUCGCCGAUACAUUCCAGGCCUGUAUUCUCGCACUUUCCCUUAUUCUGGUGGUGGCAUUCGGAUCGUACUACACCGAAGGACCUUUGGAGAUAUUUUCUCGAGCCCAGGAAAAUGGUCGCAUCGAAUUACUCAACCUGAGCACCAAUCCGACCACCCGCCACAGCGUGUACUCCGUGAUAAUCGGAGGCUUUUUCUAUUGGACGUCGCUGUUCUGCACGAACCAGGCCGCGGUUCAGAAAUGUAUGUCAUUAAAAUCGCAGAAAAAGGCAAACACGGCGAUUUAUCUCUCCAUUCUCGGACUGGUGCUGGUUUUUCUGUUCAACUUCUACACCGGAUUGAUGACUUUUGCCCACUACGCCGGGUGCGAUCCCCUGAGAUCCGGUCAAAUCACCGAAAAGGACCAGCUGGUGCCGUUCUACGUAAUGGAUGUGUUCGGUCACGUCAAGUUCAUGACGGGCAUUUUUGUCGCCGGUAUCUUCGCCGCCAGUCUAGGAACUGUUGCCGCGGCCCUCAACUCGCUGUCGGCUGUCACAUGUGAGGAUCUGCUGGUGUCCGGAUUCGGCGUGAAGAUCCCGGCCGAGAAGAGCCAAACCUAUGCCAAGUGGAUGUCUUUGGGGUACGGUGUGUUCUCCUUCGGACUGGUAUUCGUGGUCGAACGUCUCGGUGGCAUACUGCAGGCGACACUCACCCUCAACGGACUGAUCGGCGGCGUGACAUUGGGACUGUUUGCUCUCGGGAUGUUCUUCCGGAAUGCUAACAGCAAGGGUGCACUGUACGGCGGACUGCUGUCGUUGGCAUUUGUCAUCUACAUUGGAGUUAUGGCACAAAUCACCGGAGAACCGGUGACCCCGCUGCCGACGUCGAUUGACACCUGCAAUUGCACCGAGCCAUUGUCGUCACUGCAGUCGUCGGUGUCGUCCGUUUGGUUGCCGUCGUCGUCGUCGGCGUCGUCAUCAGGGCUGGCUUCCGACGGUGACCAACCGGUUAGUUUGGCACUGGUAUCGCUGGAACCGGCCUCUGCCGUCCUGUCAACCGCCGCAUCAACGGCCCGUGAUGGAGUGUUUCCCGCUGCCGCUUCCAUGGAAAUAACGUCCCGCACCUCGCCGGACGACUCGCCGCUGGCUGCCAUCUACCAGAUCAGCUACAUGUGGUACUCCUUCCUGGGAACGUUUCUGACGAUCUUCUUCGGUUUCAUCAUCUCCCUGAUGACGGGGGGUCUCUGUAUGGGCAAACAGAUGAGCAUCGAUCUGCUGCCGACACUGGGGGACGUCGUCGCCAAGCCGGAGGAAAAGUGCACCAAAGCCCUUCGGUACAGCCGGUCCGGGGACGACUUUAGCGCCGAAGCCGGCAAGGGGAGAAAAUCAAUUACGAGAGAUGACUCCAUCCGGAUCCAGAUUGGCGCACCGUUGUCGAUGAUGAUGAAAACCAGUGUUUCGUACGAGGGUGGCAAGCAGCAGCAGCACAGCGGGGAAAAACCAGAGGGACCCAAGGCGAACGGCCACGUCGGUGAUGAAGGUAACAUAUUCGCAAUCGAAGGAUAUCGUAAUCAAGCUGGUGGGAAUUCUACCCCCGACUGGUUGUGUCCCAGCAAGCUCACGGUGGAUGCACUGACGAAGAAGGUAGAACGUGAGAGGUUUUAAUUAUGGAUUUUACUACUUCGUCAUACUCGGUGUAGAAUUUCAAUUGAUUGUACUAGGAAAAAGAUUACGAACAAGUAGUUUAAGUGUUUAAGCUAGGGAAACUUGAAGGUGUAGAAUCGAGCCGUGGAAAUUACUUCCUCCGGUGGGCUCUUGGUAUUAUUCAAUUUUAAGAAAACUAUCGCAUAUUCGAUCGUCGCCAUCCAGCUAUCAAUUGGAAGAUGUGUCGUGCCAUAAGUUGCUCGUUUUAAACCGGACAUGGCAUAUGUGUGUGUAGUGGACAUUCUGGUUCAUUUACGUGUUUCCUUGCUCACUCAGGUUAGAUGGGACUUUUCAAAGGUUUUGUGUCAGCUCUCGUGUACCGAGGAGAACCAUUUGCUGCCAGCAAAUCCAGGUCGUCGAGAUAGAGCAUUUCGAUUUGAAAAUGAAUUUAUUUGCGGAAGCAAUAUACAGUACAAAAAUUGAUAUUAUCACUCCUCUGUCGGUUUGUCGUCGAGAGUCGGGAGUGGCUGCAGAAUACCUGCAGCCUGAACAAUAAUUAUAGAGUUGAGUAGUUUUGUAUCCGUACGGUAGCAGAGUUACUACAGGCAUUCGAAAUGGCACGUAUUCAAACCGGACCGGAUGGACGGAUAUUUGUAGGAGGGAAGUGAUUUCAUAUCAGUAUAAUGUAGCAUAGUUAUUGAAGCUUGUAUAUUUAUUGGCAUUAGAGCAUAAGCAUGUUACUUUUUGAUAUCCUUAUUACGAAAUAGAGAGUUGA